CAGACCGGUCCCAGAACCCGAUCUAACUCAAACCUUGAACCAUCCCUCUCCAGCAACAAUCAAUCGCAUCGCCUUGCUUAAACCUCAAAAACCUAACAAAAUUAGACGGCCUAUCCUCAUGCCCCUCUACUCCCUCUGUUUUCCUUCGUGGCUCCGUCCUUCGCGUCCAGUCGCAGUGGUUCCAAGCUCAUUUCUGUUAUCCUCCAUCAGUUCAGAGGUCGUACGUGGAUAAAAGUGGGAAUUUUUUGUAUAGCUUUUGUUGUUUUACCCAACCGAAAUGCUCGAGGCUGCCUACAGAAACAGCUCAAUCGAGUGGAAGCCUUCUCCUGUUGUAGCUCUAGCCACCAGCGUAGACGACUCCCAGGUCGCUGCCGCCCGUGACGAUGGCUCUCUCGAGAUUUGGCUCGUGUCUCCUGGCUCCGUUGGUUGGCAUUGUCAGCUGACUAUUCAUGGAGACCAUCUUUCGCGUGUCUCAUCACUCGUUUGGUGUCGAGUUGGCUUAAAAGGAUUGCCUUGUGGAAGGUUGUUCUCCUCGAGUAUUGAUGGUUCAGUUUCUGAGUGGGAUCUUUUUCACUUGAAGCAGAAGACUGUCCUAGCGUCAAUUGGGGUUUCAAUAUGGCAGAUGGCUGUGGAACCCUCUAGGGAUCCCCCAAGUCAAAAAGAUAUUGGGUCCAAGCACCUUGGAAAUGGAUAUUUAAAUGAUAAACACAAUGAUAUUAAUGAUUAUCCAUCCAGUGAAAGUGAAGAUGAUUCAGACUCAGAUGAACUUCAUGAGCAAUCCAUUGUUCAAGAUCCACUUGUCGCAAUUGCUUGCGAUGAUGGCUGUGUGCGGAUAUACACUAUUCCCGACUCAGAUGAGUUAAUAUACAAUAAAACAUUGCCAAGGGUCAGUGGGCGAAUUUUAAGUGUGACAUGGAGUUCUGAUGCAAGUAAGAUAUAUUCAGGAAGCAGUGAUGGAUUUAUAAGGUGCUGGGAUUCUAAAGUAGGUCAUGAGAUAUAUAGGAUCACUGUUGGGCUUGGUGGUUUGGGCAGUGGACCUGAACUUUGUGUGUGGUCUUUACUUGCACUGAGGUGCGGGACCCUAGUCAGUGCAGACAGUACUGGUAGUGUUCAAUUUUGGGACUCUCAGCAUGCAACACUCUUGCAGGCGCAUUCUUCUCAUAAGGGUGAUGUGAAUGCUCUGGCAGCUGCACCCAGUCAUAAUAGGGUGUUCUCUGCUGGAGCUGAUGGUCAGGUCAUUCUGUAUAAGCUUUCUAGUGAGACAGUUGGAUCUAGUGAAGAUUUGUCAGCUAAAAUGAUGAAGAAAUGGAUAUAUGUUGGUUUCGUAAGAGCUCACACACAUGAUGUUAGGGCAUUGACGGUGGCACUACCAAUCAGUCAGGAAGAUCCAUUGCCUGAUGAGAAGGUAAAAAGAGUUGGUAGAAGGAAGAGAACCAUUGAUUUUAGUUAUCGUAAGUGGGCUCAUCUGGGAGUUCCCAUGCUCAUCUCUGCUGGUGAUGACACAAAGCUCUUUGCCUAUUCUGCUAAGGAAUUCACUAAGUUCAGUCCAUAUGAUGUCUGUCCUGCACCUCAGAGAGUGCCUAUUCAGUUAGUUCUUAGUACUGUAUUCAACCAGAAUUCUUUGCUUCUGGUUCAGGGAUCUUAUUGGUUAGAUAUUCUGUGUGUUCAUAUGAGAAGUGGAAUCAUGCCUGAUAUUGGUCCUGGCCCUUCAAGGGGCCAUGCAAAUACGGAUUUGGUAGCUCGAAUUAAAACUAAAUCAUCUCGGAAGAUCAUAUGCAGUACCAUUUCUAAUGCAGGAACCCUAUUUGCUUAUUCAGACCAUGUUAAACCCAAUCUUUUUGAGUUGAAGAAGCAUAGUGGCCGAACUGCAUGGACUGUUAAUAAAAGGCUUCUUCCUCAACGAUUACCAUAUGCACAUUCCAUGGUUUUUAGUUCUGAUUCUUCAAGGUUGAUGAUAGCAGGGCAUGACAGACGAAUAUAUGUUGUGGAUGUUGGUAGCUUUGAACUAUUACAUGCCUUCACCCCUCGGCAUGGGGAAUAUGAUGAAAAAGUAUCACCCGCAGAGCCUCCUAUAACUAAAAUGUUCACCAGUGGUGAUGGGCAGUGGUUAGCUGCUGUUAAUUGCUUUGGAGAUCUAUAUAUAUUUAAUCUGGAAACACAAAGGCAGCAUUGGUAUAUAUCACGAUUGGACGGUGCUUCUGUUACAGCUGGUGAUUUUUCUCCUCAAAAUAAUAAUAUGCUUGUAAUCACGACCUCUUUAAAUGAGGUUUAUGCAUUCGAUGUGGAGGCAAAACAGCUGGGAGAAUGGUCCAUGCGGCAUAAAUUUGUUCUCCCCAGGAGAUACCAAGAAUUUCCCGGGGAAGUUAUUGGGCUCUCUUUCUUGCCUUUGUCAAAUCCACCUUCUGUUAUUAUCUACAGUGCCAGGGCAAUGUGCUUGAUUAACUUGGGGAUGCCAUUGGAUCGAGAAGAGGACAAAGCUUUGGUAAAACUUCAUCCUUCACCAUUAAAGAAGUUACAAAAUAAUCUUAUUAAUGGGAGAUUGAAACGUAAGUUGAAAGACUGUCACACAGAGGCUAAACAUCAAAAAAAUUUUGAAUUUCUUGCUUUCAGAGAUCCUGUUUUAUUUAUUGGAAACCUUUCUGAAAAAUCUAUAUUGAUCAUAGACAAACCAUGGAUAGAUGUGGUUAAAGGUUUGGAUGCCCCUCCUGUACACAGACAUAUAUAUGGGACAUAAUAGCUUCAGCUAUGCUAUGGUAGUUUACAGCUAGAUGGGUGAAUGCUGAGUUGGCAUUUGGUCCCACAACUUUUGACAUUAGAUUUUAAGUUUUUCCAUAAUUCAAGGGAUUAAGGGAGUUGGAGGGUGGGAGGAUUCAUUGCAUGUAUUCUAUUAUAUUUCUAAAAAUAAUUUCUGAAAUGUUAAAGUAGCAUUUUUGUCUUA